GUGUGCUCGAGGUCCGGUUCUGUUGGAGCUCGGACGGCUCAAAGCUGCAUCCUGGAUCUCAUCCAGACGCAACUCACAGGGAAGCCAGAUGAGUCGUGUGAGUGGGAACAGUUCAGGAGUCGUGGCUCCGCCCCUCACACACACCUCACCGUCAUGUGACCCCGUGACCUCUGACCCCCCCCUGACCUCCACCGCCCCCCCGCCCCUCAACAACAACAGGAAGUCCAGCAGCGACAUCACUUCCUCCUCUAAGAGCACAGAUGCUGGCGUCCGUACUGUGGAGAUAACAAGGAGUGUGAGUGACUCCCUCGGGGUGAGUAUAGCGGGGGGGAAGGGCAGCCCGCUGGGGGACAUCCCCAUCUUCAUCGCCAUGAUCCAGGCCAGCGGAGUCGCCGCCAAGACGCACCGACUCAAGGUGGGCGACAGGCUGGUCAGUAUCAACGGUCAGUCUGUGGACGGUCUGACACACAGCGAGGUCGUGGCCAUGCUGAAGAACAUCAGCGGAAACAUCAGCCUGCAGGUGGUAGCAGACACCAACAUCAGCGCCAUCGCCACUCAGGUGGAGGGUUUGUCCAGCAGCUCCAAUCUGUCUGCCAACACGGACACACACACAGCAGAGCCAGAGGCUCCGCGGCCCCGCAGCAUCAGCCUGGAGAAAGGCUCCGAGGGUCUGGGCUUCAGCAUCGUCGGAGGGUUCGGGAGCCCCCACGGAGACCUGCCCAUCUACGUCAAGACCGUCUUCAGCAAGGGCGCGGCGGCGGUGGACGGGCGUCUGAAGCGUGGCGAUCAGAUCCUGACGGUGAACGGAGAGAGUCUGCAGGGAGCGACCCACGAGCAGGCGGUCGCCAUCCUGAAGAAACAGAGAGGAACCGUCACACUGGACAUCCUGUCAUAACACACACACACACACACACACACACACACACACACACACACACACACACACACACACACACACACACACACACACACACACACACACACACACACAGACACACACACACACACACACACACAGACGCUCCUGUGACUUCACCCACUUUGACUCUUGGACUACGACUCAUCGUGGAUCGUGAACUUUGAACUUCCCAACAUGCAAAAAAAAAAAUGAAGAAACUGCAUCAGACGGUUAAACAGAGUUUCUUAAUCUUUGGCGUCGGGGCCACAGGAAGGUUUCUCUCCCUCCGACAGGUGUCUGGCUGCUACUGCGCCCAAAAACAGAGAGACAUCGGACACGAAAAUGUGGCGUUGGGAGCCAGAGAAAGGUUGAGAAACUCUGUUACUAUGCAUCUAAUAUCAGAAUAUCAUCUAAAGACUAACAGAAUGGAGUCACGAUGGACGUUUAAAUCAGCCUGCACUAGUUAACACAGACACACACACACACACACACACACACACACACACACACACACACACAUGCAUACAGACACACACAC